CUAAGUUUGUGUGGAUUUCAACUCUCAACGAUCGAACCUUCCCAUCCCAUGGCUUCGGCCGACGACAAUCGCAACCGCCGGCGCCACCCCGCCGCUCACUUCACCGGAUUCCUCCACACCGCCGCCGCCAACCUAUCCUCUUUCCUCCCUCCCAAGGGGCAAUAUUCUGCGCCGCCCUCUUCCAAAAUCCACCUCCCUCUUCUCUUCCCCAACUCGCCCCUCUCACUCACUUCACCCUCCGAUUCAGCCUCGCCUUCGACAAAUCCGCCGUCUCCGCCUUCCUCAUCCGCCAAGACCUCGCCGUCUUACGAGACGGGCGCGGGAUUCCCCUCCACAGUUCGGAUUUCGACCGGGAAAGUCGGCGGCCCGGCGUUUGUGGGCCAGGUUUUCAGCAUGUGCGACCUUUCCGGCACCGGCUUGAUGGCUGUUUCGACUCAUUUUGAUAUUCCUUUCAUAUCUAAAAGAACACCAGAGUGGCUAAAGAAGAUGUUUGCAGCAGUGACUAAAAGCGAAAGGAAUGGUCCUGUAUUCCGUUUCUUCAUGGAUCUCGGAGAUGCGGUUUCUUAUGUAAAAAAGCUCAAUAUACCCAGCGGGGUGGUUGGUGCAUGCCGUCUUGAUAUUGCAUAUGAGCAUUUUAAGGAGAAACCUGAUAUGUUUCAAUUUAUUCCAAAUGAAAGACAGGUUAAGGAAGCUAACAAACUUCUGAAAGUAUUUCCCCAAAUCAAUGGUAAAAAGAAAGUGGAGGGUGUUCCUGUCUUUAGUGCUCAGAACAUGGAUAUUGCUAUUGCAACAAUGGAUGGCAUCAAGUGGUAUACUCCUUACUUUUUUGAUAAAAAGAUGCUAGAUAACAUUCUUCAAGAGUCAGUAGAUCAACAUUUCCAUGCAUUGAUUGAAACAAGAAAUUCGCAACGGCGACGAGAUGUUAUUGAUGAUAGCCUGUCAGCAGAAGCUGUUGAAGAGAUGAAUGAAAGCAUGUGGGAUCCCCCAGAGGUUCAGGAAGUCCUAGACGAAAUGGGUCAUCCUGGUAUACCCUUAAGUGUCAUCUCAAAGGCUGCUGAGAUUCAGCUUCUAUAUGCUGUUGACAAGGUUAUUCUCGGUAACAGAUGGUUGCGUAAGGCAACUGGAAUUCAGCCCAAAUUUCCCUAUGUGAUCGACUCCUUUCAGAGAAAGAGUGCUGCUGCUUUUCAGAGAGCUAGAAAUCCAUCCCACUUAGUCUCUAACUCUGAGUCUGAGGAAGAUGCUCAACUUACAAAACCCAACUCUCUAGUGGAAACAAAAGACAGUACUCGCCAUAAGCAACAGAGGCUGAGUUUCCAGUUCCCUUUCGGAGAUUGGUCUAGUAAUCCUUGGUCAAAGCAACAGCAAGAUCAGCAGAAUCCGUUAGGCGCAAGAGAUCCUAAGAGCACCAGGCAACACAGAGAUCAAGAGUUGCAGUUAUCUCCAUUCCUCCCCAAGAUUACAAUGGUUGGAGUCUCAACGGGAGAGUCGGGCAAGAUACAGAAGGCCAACUUAAAGAAGAUGAUGGAUGAUCUGACGAAAGAACUGGAAAAGGCGGAACAGGUAAAUCAAGGUGGCAACGAGGCAACAGCUGAUGAGAGGGAUCCUCUAUUUGUGGCGAACGUCGGGGACUACUACUCUGGUGUAUCAAAAACUAGGUCAGCCAGGUGGGUUCGAGGGGGAUCUUUCUAGAACCUGAUUCCUUUUCCUGUUUUUUUUUCUUCAGUUGUGUAGGAUUAAAUGAUUUUAUAUGUAGAGUAGUAUGGAAAUACUUGUGAUUUGAUGAACACGGUCCAAAAGUUGGCCGAAAUUUUGGUUUCUUUUCAGCUUUAAAUCAUGUGAAAUAAGUUUUUUCCCCCUUUA